AUGCAGUUUGGUAUUAAAAUGUUUCCAGUGCCACCAACCAUCGUGUUGUUAUACAUUUGAGAUGACAGAUACGCGCCGAGCUGCUUGAACCGGCUGGAACCUCCCGUCGAUCACCUGGACUGACGCCACCGACGGUUUACCACCUCACAGCUGUUAUUGUCCAGGUUGUGUCCCCCCCCCCACCCAAAAAAGUGCAGCGCUCCGGUGGGCUCGAGACGCCAGCUAACGUUUCAGGCAGGUCGGACGGCGGCGAGGCCCCAACCGGGACGGGAGCGCGGGGGAACCAUGGCCAACAUCGCGGUUCAGAGGAUAAAACGGGAAUUCAAAGAGGUCCUCAAAAGCGAAGAGACGAGCAAAAACCAGAUAAAGGUGGAUCUGGUGGAUGAGAACUUCACAGAACUCAAAGGGGAAAUCGCAGGACCACCUGACACACCAUAUGAAGGGGGUAGAUAUCAACUAGAAAUUAAAAUUCCAGAGACGUAUCCAUUCAAUCCACCAAAGGUGCGGUUUAUCACAAAGAUCUGGCAUCCCAACAUCAGUUCAGUCACAGGGGCAAUAUGUCUGGACAUUCUCAAAGACCAGUGGGCGGCAGCUAUGACUCUGAGGACAGUUCUCUUGUCACUACAAGCCUUAUUGGCAGCUGCAGAACCAGAUGACCCACAGGACGCAGUAGUAGCCAAUCAGUACAAGCAGAACCCGGAGAUGUUCAAACAGACAGCGAGGCUCUGGUCUCAUGUCUAUGCAGGAGCUCCCGUCUCUAGUGCGGAGUACACACGCAAAAUAGACAAACUCUGUUCCAUGGGCUUUGAAAGAAAUGCAGUAAUAGUGGCGUUGUCGUCGAAAUCCUGGGAUGUGGGGUCAGCAACAGAGCUACUGCUCAGUAACUGAAUCUCACCCACCACCCCUCCCUCCCCCUCCAUCUUCGUCUUGAUCCCUCCCUUCCCCACUUCACACAUACACGCCCUCUCUACUCACAAUUCCAGCUGUCUGAAGGUCCGUCUCUUCCACCUCUGUUUCACAGUGGAAUCCUCACCUUCACAAUCCCCCCCUCCAUCCCUCUCUGUCUCUCUCCCCUCUGUGUGGCAUCCCUCCUCCCUCCUCGUCACCUCUGCUGUAACUCACACACUCCAGUCAGUCGCUCUGUGAGCUCUUAUCUCUGGUGACUUUAAGUCCAUUCAACAUUCCACUCGUCACUACAAUCAAAAGUCCAACCACAUCUCAACCCCCUUUGAAUUAAGACUUAAGACCCCACCCACACCUGUUAGUCUCCCGGCUUUUCUGGCUGUGUCCAAGAAGCGGCUGUCAGCAGCUUAUCUUUGCCUAUGCAGUGCAUUUUAUUUUCAUUUGUGGGAACCUUUUUGUAGGAGAAAGUCAAGCCAUUCAGGGAGGCUCUUCUGGACCUGGACCUGAUUUUUACACACUUUGGUCUUGCUUUCUAAACAGGGGAUUAGCCGAGUCCUAGACUUUUAAACUGGUACCAGAACUGCCAUCACUCACACAUUAAUAAACACGCACUUUGGGCUUCUCUAUGGUGGUAUAGGGUUCUACAAACUUAGUAAGAGAACAUUUUGCCAUCAUUGGGAGCUUUUGCGGCACGGUGGUUCGUGAAUGAGUGUAAAUGGUUGUUGGUCUCCAGGGUUGACCCGGCUCUCAACCAAUGUAAGCUGGCAUUGGAAUAGAUGAUGAGGUUUUGAUGGCUCUAUAAAAAUAUUCUUUCCAUAACAUUUGGACAUUCAAAAAGAAAAAAUGGUGUUAAAGUAAAUCUAGCGCACCUAGAAGCAAAUAUGAAAUAUGAUUUUAUGACAGAGUCGGACGAAGCUUGUUCCCUGUUCUGUAGACCAGAUCCUAAAGUGGUACUGAGGUGUAGACAUACUCAUUUUCAUGCCACGUUUUCCCCACUUCAGAUGUCUGAUGAACCCAAAGCCCCCCACUCCCUCCACCUGUCCCUUUCCCCCAGUUUUUUUUUUAAAGGAAAUGAUUUGGUUUUGGUCGCCUCCCACAGGAAUUCAUUUGGAUUCUUGUUUUUAAAACCAAGAGAAAACUAAACAAACAGAGAAAAAUAAUCAAGUUCAGCAGCAACGGAACCCUACACAACCGGUCUGGAUGGGAAUCGUUCCAAACGAGUUCGAAAAAUAUUGCAUCAUCUAAACUACGGCAACAGAUAAAUGUCAAAUGAUUCAUCUGUAAAUAAAGAUAUUAAAGUCUGUGUAAAUUAAA